AUGUUGCCGAAAUUCCUCCUCACUGCGAGCGCAUUGCUCCCAGCGCUUUUGAGCGCUCAAGUGAUUUCUGAUCCUGGUGCUGCUGGUGGCCCCCUUGAGAUUGUUCAUCUGUACUACGAUCAGUGGCCGACGGGUAUCACAGUGUCUCGCUCUGGCCGCAUGUUUUCCAAUUACCCUGCCGGUCUUGACCCAAAUAAUACCAACACUGGCGACGUCACGCGUUACGCUGUAGCGGAGCUCAACUCCAACAACACCGAGACGCCGUAUCCCAACGCGGAGAUCAACAACCCACCUGGCGGCGCGAUCAACUAUACUACGUCUCCUCCCACCAGUGCAAAUUACCAGAGCUACCUCAUUGGCGUGCAGUCAGUUGUUCUUGACCCUCUCGACCGCCUCUGGAUCCUGGACACCGGCCGCGUACAAACCGCCGACGGAACCCUCUUGAACGCCUCCCCAGGUGGCACAAAGCUGAUCUGCGUGGACAUCACCACUAACAACGUAACUCAAACGAUUGUCUUCCCACCCACAGUUGCGUAUCCAGACUCUUACGUCAAUGAUGUACGCUUCGAUCUACGCGCCUCACUCACCACCUCAGGCAAGGGCGUAGCAUACAUCACCGACUCGUCCUCGGAAGGCCGCAACGGCAUCAUUGUCGUCGACCUCGGCACAGGAGAAUCAUGGAGGCAUCUGAACAACAUCCCCGAAGUGAGCGCAGAGCGCGGCUUCGUGCCUUUCGUAUGGGGCCAGCCAUUGUACUACAUCCCAGGCCCCAACAUGCCUCUGACCACCGUGCCGCUUGGUAGCGACGGCAUCGCGCUGUCUGCCGACGGUGAGGAUCUGUACUUUGGUCCAGUCGGCGGCCGCGGAUUGUACAGCGUGCCGACCAAACGUCUGCGCGACCGCAGCCAGAGCUCCGAACUGCUCGCUCAGGGCGCAGUGCAGAACCACGGACAGCGCGGCGUCAGCGAUGGAUUCGAAACAGACACCAAUGGUUUCAUCUACGCCGGCAACAUGGAGCAGAACCAGCUAAACUUUUUCAACCCUGCGAACGGGACGAUCUCUACUCUCGUCAGGGAUCCGAGAAUCAGCUGGAUUGAUACGAUGUCUGUUGCAAGCGACGGAUAUCUGUACUUCACCGACAACCAGCUAGCAUUCAGCAAAGGCUUCUUCCCCGGUACGGAUAGGCGCGUGCGUCCUUUUGCGCUGUUCAGAGCCAAGCUGCCGAACAACGGCACGAGGGUCGACCUGCAAUGA